GAUCGAGAGCUUGGAUGCACGCCGCCGCGAGCUCAAAGCUUCUUUCCUCAGUUCUACUGUACUUGCAACCUUGCUGCUCGCCAUUGUCGUCUCUCUCACGAUACCGUUGUUACGUGUGACUUUCCCUAUUACCUGAGUAUUGACUAGGAACUAUUCGACGCGUUACAUUCUUCGACUGCCACCAUGAGGUUUACUAAACCAGCUUGGGUUAUGCACAAAGAUUCUUCUAGUCGCGACCAAACGAAACGACAUUCCAUGUUCUCAUGUCACGUACAUCCAGACGGCUCACGUAUCGCAACCGGAGGUCUCGAUGCCAAAGUUCGAAUAUGGAGCACAAAACCUAUCUUGAAUGCAAAUUCAGAGGCUUCUGGUCGUCCCCCAAAGUCGUUAUGUACGCUCACCAUGCAUACUGGUCCUGUACUUACUGUACGAUGGGCACAUUCUGGGAGGUGGCUUGCUAGUGGUAGUGAUGACGAGAUUGUUAUGAUUUGGGACCUUGACCCAUCAGCUAAGGGAAAGGUUUGGGGCUCGGAUGAGGUGAAUGUCGAGGGAUGGAAACCCCUGAAACGUCUUCCAGGACACGAAAGUGACGUUACCGAUUUGGCUUGGGCUCCUGGCGACCGAUACCUCGCAUCUGUCGGCCUUGAUUCCAAGGUUCUAAUAUGGUGUGGUUUUACGCUGGAGCGGCUGCGAAAGCUCGAGUUACAUCAAGGCUUCGUGAAGGGUAUUUGCUGGGAUCCUGUGGGAGAAUUCCUUGCUACUUCUUCGGAUGAUAGAACAGUGAAGGUGUGGAGGACGAAGGACUGGGAGCUCGAGGCGGAGAUCAAGAAACCGUUCGAGGAUUCUCCGGGCACGUUCUUUAGACGAUUGAGCUGGUCACCAGAUGGGGCGCAUAUAACUGCAUCGAACGCCACAAAUAGCGGCGGUUACGUCUUCAUCGCUGCAGUAAUCUCUAGAGGGAGCUGGACUUCGGACAUCAGUCUAGUUGGCCAUGAAAACACUGUCGAAGUUGCGGCCUAUAACCCUCAUAUUUUCUUGCGAGAUCCAUCGCAACCGGUCAUGGCAUCCAAUAUAUGUUCGGUAGUAGCGCUAGGUGCAGACGACCGAUCUGUUUCCGUAUGGCAAACUAAAUCCGCAAGACCUCUUAUUGUGGCAAAAGAGGUAUUUGAGCGACAGAUCAUGGACCUUAGUUGGUCAAUGGAUGGAUUGAACCUCUAUGCAGUCUCCUCUGAUGGUACCAUGGCAGCAUUCAGCUUUGAUCCAGACGAACUCGAGGGUCUCGCGCCGCUCUCAGUACAAGAGAAAUAUCUUACCAAAUUCGGAUUCACACCACCUCCCCUUCCCGAGGGUUUCUCUCACGUCUCACAACGUCUAGCUGACCAACGAAUGACUCCACCACCUUCGCCAAAAAGAGCAGAACGAGCUAUGUCGCAAGACACAGCACAUUCAGCCUUCGACACUGGUGUCAACGGAUUUGGUGGCGAACGCGUCAACACUUUGGUGGCCAAACGGAAUACAAAGAAGAAACGAGUACAACCGACUUUCAUGGGUUCUCUUGGCGCCCCAAUCGUUCCGUCCGCAGCGAAUCACGACUUGACUGCCGUUGUGUCCAGACCGCCACCCUCUGCGGGUACAGUCACGAAUGGUCGAUCGUUCCAUGAAGUGACGGGUAUCGCGUCGUCAUCAAGGAUCCAACAACAGGUCUCGACGUCUACUGUGCAGUCUCCCAUCGCUGCUUCAAGUUCUUUCGCGGAGAGUCUGGACUUCUCUUUAGAUCUGCAGUACCCUCCGGGUGAUGAAGAUAUUGAUAUGAGCACCGACGUCCAGAUCAGCUCGCUGGAUACGAGCGGAAAAGCUGGUAAAGGAAAGCGCAAAGCUAACGUUGUGGACUUUCUUGAAGACCGCCCUAUCAAGCCCCGCACUCUUGGUGGGGACCGUGUACGUGAAACUGUGGCUGUCAAGGAGAUCUCUGGUGUGAGCGGGGCGAACGCUGCUGUGCUUGUGUCGCAAGCACUUGCCUCGGCUUCGUACGAAUCAUCGCUUGCAGGGCGACUGCCUAUACCCUCGUUGCUCAACUAUAUCAAGGCGACUGUUGAGGGAUCCGAAGAUGUAUUGGAAGGCCGAAAUUACGAGGAUGGUGAUAAACCGACCGAAGUUAUCUACGUUAGUGGCAAACAGACACAAUGGUUGGAUUACCUUUCUUCGCCUGUCCUGGGUCUUACAGCAACGUCCACUUUUUGCGCUGUUGCAACUCAGGAUGGUUCGUUAGGUGUCUACUCGCCAACGGGUAGGAAAAUCAUGCCAAUCGUUAGUCUUGGCUCUCCAUGUUCAGUGAUAAGCAGCUCCAAGAAUAUGUUAAUGGUCAUUACUUGGUCAGGAUCCGUACAUGUAUGGGACGUGAAGAAGCAACAUGCACUGUUCCCUCCUACAUCACUUUUCGCCGUCCUCGGCACCUCCCCCAACUGUACAGUCCUUUCCGCCUCCGUCCGACCAAAUGGUGCACCCGUAAUCCAGCUCUCCACCGGCGUAGCCUAUACAUACGACACCAGCCUGCUAGCUUGGAGCAAACUCAGCGACGGAUGGUGGGCCGAAGGUUCAGAUUCUUGGUCAGGCCGACAACGCGGUAACGCUCAAGUCGCCGCGCGGGGUCCCGUCAGUAGCGUAGAAAGCUCAAUAGCUGAACGCAUACCUCCCGUUGACGCUGUGAAAGAACGACCCAAUUGGUGGGGUGAUGCGCUUACGCUAGGGCAUUUGGAGAGUAGGAUGCACGCUGCGAAGGCUUUGGAUAGUCCUCAGGAGUAUAAGCAAGCUUUGGUAUUGUAUGCGAAGAAGAUUGCAGAUCAGGCGUAUAGGGCGAAAGCGGAAGAGUUGAUCAAAGAGCUCUUCGGGCCCGUGUAUUGGCGUCCUGGGCGAGAGGAAACGUGGUCUACCACUGUACUCGGCUUCUCCAAGCGAGACCUGUUGAAGGAUGUUUUGGCGGUAUUUGCACGAAGUAAGACCUUGCAGAAGUUGGCUGCUGAUUGGCAAGAUAUGUUGAAGAAAGCUGCACACGAAAGCUAGGCGUUGACCGGGACUGGUCAUCCUCUUUUUGUUGUGUCUUUGCUCUACGUGCGACUAUACUUGCUUUCUUUCUUUCCUGUGUUCUCACAUUUGCUAUGGACCGUUUCGCAGCAGUGAUGUUUGUAUAGCUUACUACAUUAUACCAGUAUAAUCACUGUAACGACAUCACGUUCUGGCAAAGCAGGAACGUAUACCGAGUUUUCAUGUCUGAGAGGUAGAUUUCUUAUUAGACUCCGCUUCCACUGUACGAAAUCCAAUAUUUCCCUCGGUACAAAUACGUUGAAAGUGUGCAGAGAAUUGGCGCCUCGCGAGCAUAGAGC